AUGUAUUUUAUGUUCUUCGAUGUUGAGAAUGGUGCCGGUGCUGGUGGAGGCGCGGGGGGCGCUCGCUCCCCGCUUGAGGGCGGAUCGCCCUCUGCCGCGCUGGUCCUUCAGGCCAUGCCGCAACGCCGCGAGUCCUUCCUCUACCGAUCCGACUCCGACUUCGAAAUGUCACCUAAGUCUAUGUCGAGGAACAGCUCCAUCGCCAGCGAAAGAUUCAAGGAGGUCGAGGCUGCACAGCUGGACAGAGCCCACGGCGAAGACUUGAUUGUGACGCCAUUCGCGCAGGUCCUAGCAAGCCUGCGCAGUGUUCGCAACAACUUCAUGUCCCUCACCAACGUCCCGGUCUCUAAAUCGCGGAGGUCUUCGGGAGUAGCGACAGCUGUUACACCGCAACCAAAAAACUUAAACCCCGGAGGACGCAUCGGACUGAUCGAAUCAGUUUCUGGUAGUGCGUUCCAGUCCCAAUUCUGUUGCUGCGGACACAGUACCGCAGCGAUGCCCUUGGCGUCAAGAAAGCAACAACAGAUUUUUUUUACAAUAGAAUUAGAAUAUUCUUGGCAAGUGGACGAGUGCAAAGUGUCUGUGCGUGACAAAAUGAAAAGUGAUUACGAAGAACUUGUGGUGAUUGCUUGA